UUUACCCAAAGCGCUCUGUGGAUUAACUGUGCAUGAGAAGCGGUCACGGCGCAGCGAGGAUCAGGAGAGUUCUGUUAUUCACUUGUCUGUGGUCGGGGAAACCUGAACACGAAUUUCAUUGUAAGCUUGGAACGAAACAUUUUUCCCCUCCUCACAAGUUUAUUUAUUUAUUUUUUCCUUCCGCGGACUACAGUUGAGACACACGGUGCUGACUUGACAGAGAUUCGGAGCUACGACGAGAGACAAAAAGAGACAGCAGCUUGAGACUAGAAAGUGACUUAAAAUGUCUAGUUGAAAAUGUUGCACUUUUGACACCAAAGGUGAAUCAUUUUAUUUUCUUUUAUUGUAUACCCGAGCUGCUUUUGAAAUGGGUCUUGUUCGGGAUAUUGGACUAUUGUAGAGGAAUUCUUCGUGGGUCACCUGCGCGAGGAGAGCGACCGGCGGGUGUGGGGGAUUGGGGGGUGAGCACUGGUGGGACGGAGUGGAAGAUGCGAGGGUAAAAACGUGAGGACAGGGGCAACGGCUGAAGUGGCUCUGUGUCAAGUUCUCACGAAUGGGAUUCUUUACUAACCUUGCGAAUGGCGGGAUGAAACGCGGAGAAAAAAACUGGGAGAGAGCAAAAAAGACGAAGGCGAGAAGGACGCCGUCGACCGCUGCGUGAAUACAGAAUGGACGCACCCCUUUGGAAGACUGAAGUCUACAUCUAGACGGGAUUUACAUUCACCUCAAGGGAUAUUCACAGAUUCCCCUGCACCUACAUGAAUGACCCUUAUUCUUUCGUUUGGAACCUAUGUUGUGGAGUUACAACCGUGACUCAAUUGUAACGAUGGGAUUUGAAGCUAUAACUGAGCCCUGACGCGUGGUCAUCGAAGGUACCCAACAAAGGCUGGUACAUACAGGAACGAAGGAAAGAAAAACAGACACCAAGAGGUUUUCUACCAGUCACCUCUUCAAUGGAAAUCUGCUGUAUCAUGUGAAUUCUGAAGCAGAUUUUCACCGUUUACAUCUUUCAAGGUGUCAAGUUGAGACGGAGACCAUGGAGAGGCUGUUGCUGUAUGUGAUGCUGGCAGUAGCCAUGGCGGUUCGAGCUCAGAUCUGCCCAAAGCGUUGCGUUUGUCAGAUCCUGUCACCCAACCUGGCAACACUCUGUGCCAAGAAAGGUCUACUAUUUGUUCCACCAAACAUUGACAGGCAUACAGUAGAACUGAGGCUGGCUGACAAUUUCGUCACAAGUGUGAAGAGGAAAGACUUUGCAAACAUGACACGGCUUGUGGACCUCACCUUGUCCAGAAAUACCAUCUCCUACAUCACUCCUCUUGCCUUUACAGAUCUAGAGAACCUCCGAGCCCUGCAUCUCAACAGUAAUCGGCUGACAAGGAUCGGCAAUGAUACAUUCAGUGGGAUGUCUAAGCUCCACCACCUGAUUCUGAACAACAACCAGCUGGUACUGAUCCACCUGGGAGCAUUUAAUGACCUGCUGGCACUGGAAGAACUAGAUCUCAGUUAUAAUAAUCUCGAUUCCAUUCCAUGGGAGGCCAUUCAGAAAAUGACUAGCCUCCAUACACUAAGUUUGGACCACAACAUGUUGGACUAUAUUCCAGAGGGAACAUUUUCAUUGCUACAAAAACUCAACCGGCUCGACGUCACCUCCAAUAAACUCCAAAAGCUCCCACCGGACCCUCUUUUUCAGCGAGCACAGGUUUUGGCCACAUCUGGGAUCUUGAGCUCCUCAACCUUUGCGCUCUCAUUUGGUGGAAACCCGCUGCAUUGUAACUGCGAGCUGCUAUGGCUGCGAAGGCUCAACCGAGAGGAUGACUUGGAGACGUGUGCCUCACCUCAGCACCUCUCUGGACGAUACUUUUGGUCCAUUCCUGAGGAAGAAUUUCUGUGUGAACCCCCGCUCAUAACCCGAUACUCCCAUGAGACGAGAGUUCUCGAAGGACAGAGAGUGUCACUCAGAUGUAAGGCCAGAGGUGACCCAGAGCCAGCCAUACACUGGAUAUCUCCUGAUGGCAAACUCGUUUCAAACUCCUCGAGGACACUGGUUUAUACCAAUGGAAGUCUGGACAUCGUCAUCAGUACUGUAAAAGACACAGGCUCUUUCACCUGCAUCUCCUCCAAUCCAGCUGGUGAGGCUCACCAGACCAUAGACUUGGUUAUCAUUAAACUUCCACACAUCUCCAACAACACCAACAACAUACUGGAGCCUGACCCGGGAUCAUCUGACAUUUCCACAUCCACCCGAAGUGUAAACAACGGAAGCAACGUGACCGGGGAUGUGAAGGGUGGGGUAGAAAAGAGAGUGGUGACCGCUGAGUCCACAUCAUCAACCGCACUGAUCAAGUUUAACUUCCAAAGGAAUAUUCCAGGUAUCCGGAUGUUCCAGAUCCAGUACAAUGGGAGCCAAGAUGAUUCACUUGUGUAUCGAAUGAUCCCUCCAUCAAGCAAGAGUUUCCUGGUCAACAACUUAGCAGCUGGAAGCCAGUACGAUCUGUGUGUACUCGCUAUCUAUGACGACAUCAUCACCUCGCUGACAGCAACCCGCGUGGUCGGAUGUGUGCAGUUCACCACUGAGUCCGAGUACAUGAGGUGCCAUUUUAUGCAGUCCCAAUUCCUCGGUGGGACGAUGAUCAUCAUCAUCGGAGGCAUUAUAGUGGCCUCUGUGCUCGUUUUCAUCAUCAUCUUGAUGAUACGGUACAAGGUGUGUAACCCAGGAGACGGUGUUAAAGGCAUGUCAAUGUCGAUGACUAACGUUCACUCUCAGACAAACGGGCAGCAGUCUCAGAGGUGCAGCGUGACUCCCAGCACCUCCAAGCACGGCUCGAUUGGAUUAGAGGACCUGUCUGGAGGCUCAAAGAAGAGGAGCGGAGCAGGGGGAGGGAAGGAUGCGACAACUCUUUCAUCCAAUUCUUCUCUGCCGGAUUGCUCGACAGACACAUCUGUUCUCAGCCAGCAUUGGACGACGAUUGGAGCCGAAGAACAGGUGAAAGUGGCUGAGGAGAGACCUCGAGCGAGUCUCUCCUCGGCCACUGCCAGCAGCUCACUAGGCAGGCCAAAGCGUAAACCCGCUCCAAGUAAACCAAACCCGGCUUGCUCAAACCCCUCAGCUCCCCUGGAGAAUCUCCCUAAUGCGUCCCCUCGCCCUCCUUCCACUUCUGCCUCGACCACCUCUUCCACUCUGCCCCCUCAUUCGGCUCCUCUCGAUACCCUCAACACCAACCGUAACAAUUCCACCUCACUGAACCAAGCCUGGCCUCCUCCCAACGCCAGCCCGAAUCCACUUCCCUCUGCCCGCUAUCGAGACACACCCAUUUUGCGCCGGGCUCCUUGCGCCCACACCUCCUCCGCUGCCAAGUACCAGACUCUCCCUGUGGAGGACGGAGGGAGGAGCCGGCCGAGGAGGCGAUAUUCCCUCAGUGAAGGAGGCUCAAAGACUCUCUCGUACCAUCGAGGGAGUGCAGGAGCGCCAAAAUUAGGACGCACCGUGCGGGACAAAAGGAGCCAAUCAAUGAGUGGAAUGGUCCUCUUCAAAGAAGGGGAGGGAGAUUCUGACAGAGGGCGCUGUGAUUCUGAUUGGAUCUUGGAAAGCACGGUUUAAAUUUAAACCAGACAACAAAGUACACAUUAUCUAUUGUUGUUUUGUUUUUGGUUUGUUAUUUUGGGUGUGCGUAUGUCUGGGUUGCGUUUGUCUGCGCGUGAGUGGAGGCCGCAACAUGAAACAACGUGCAUUGUUUUUCUUAGCGUGUGAAGAUUUCUAAAUUUUGCGUGCGAGCAAGUACAAAGGGACAAGGCGAAUUCUUUUUCGAGCAUUUUUUUGGGGGGGUUGCGGGGGUUGAAGUUUCACAGCGAUUUGUUCUCAGAGUUUUUGUUUCCACUUUGACACUUUGGUGUCUGUUUCAAAGUCGAUCAUUCAGCAAGUGGAUAUCUUGCCUCGUCUCGUUGCGUCCUCGACUUGUCCUGUUGGUUCCACUUUAUAGCACAAAAGAAUACAAGACAAUGGGCUCACCACAUCAUUUUCACUCGAUCUGCAAUUAACACAAAAAAAAAGGGAAUUCUCACUGGGGGAAAAAAAAAAGGAAAAAAAACAUGCAUUUUUCAUGUCCACCAUCCUCGAGUUCAUACCUAAGAGCAAGUGUGUGACCACACAGUGGCAAGAGAUCGCAGUCGGUGCCUUCUUUUGCACAACGAUUCUCUAACUGGAAGUAGCUCUCGGACAGAGAAAGACAAAAGUUUUCACACAGCCUUUCUUGACCCACUGAGGAAUAGGUGAUGUUUCUUGGCAUACCGACUAAAUCUCAAAUGGAGACUUUAUGGAGACUCUUAUGAAAUUGAUAUUUUUUAAAGGGAAGAAUAUAUAUGAAAAAAAAGGAAAGCUUUUUGCUGACAUUGAUAUACUUCAGCCUGGGUUGGUCACGUGUUCCUGAAAAAGUUCAUGUACAGAAAAAGACAACAUGUACUGUGUUGUUAUGUUGUGUAAAAUUAAUUUAAAAAAUAAAAUAAAAAGUUGAAGUGAAAA